AGAGCAGAGGUGGAGGAAAGAUAUGUGAGACUCAAAGAUCAGGAAAGGGUUUAGACAGACUUUCAAGAACAAAUAUAAAGAGCAGGAGCUGAGGAGGGGGCACUCAAGACGGCGGACUCUUUGCAGCUGCUGAAACAUUUCUGUGGAGCUGCUGGAGUGAAUCAUACCAGGGGAACCUUAUGGAUCAGAUGUGGGGGCAGACUGUUAGAAUGUCACAGAGGUCUCUUCUCCUCUUUCUGGGAAUCACCACAACCCUUGCCAUCACAGUGCAAGACAACUAUGAGUGGACCACAUGGUUUAAUGUUGAUCACCCGGGAGGCCGUGGAGACUAUGAACAGCUGGAAGCCAUUCGCUUCUAUUACCAUUCACGAGUGUGUGAGACUCCACGGGCAAUCGAAGCCAGAACCACAGAGUGGGUUCCAGCACGUGAGACUGGGGAGACAGUUCAUGCAGACCCAACCGUGGGCUUCUGGUGUAUCAAUGAAGAGCAAGGUCCUGGAUCCAACUGCUCCAACUACGCAGUCCGUUUCCUGUGUCCCAAAGUUAGCAGUUUGAACAAUCAGGGAACUUGGAAGCCAUGGUCAGACUGGAGUCCAUGCCCCGCCCUCUGUGGCCAGGUAGGAGUGCAACUUCGCCAUCGAAGCUGCCAGUCUCAAUCAAUACUUUGUAGUGGACCUAAAAUAGAAGGGAAACCAUGUAAUGGACCUGAAUGCAUAAAUACAGAUUGUUCCCUGCACUGUGUGCUGGGAAGAGUGAAUGUUGACUGUGAUGCCUGCAUGUGUGAAGAACACAUCCUGCUGGGGUCUGUACGCAGUGCUGGUGGUCUCAUUGCUCAAGGGGCAACCAUCCUUCGUGCAGGAAAACUCCUUACCAUUACAGACCACAAUGGGCAUUUCCGCAUCCCUGGUAUCUGCCCUGAUGGCAACACAACCCUGACAAUUGGCCUGCAGGGUCACGCCACCCAUAGCGUUAUUGUGCCAAACAGCGCUGAACGCACAUCAGUUCUCAGUGUCACACUGAAAAGAGCCGAGAAACUUUAUGUGUUGAGCAACCCUGAAAGCAAGGUCCGGAAAGAGGGCCAAAGCGCUGCAUUUUGCUGCAAAGUCACUGGAACACCAGAGCCAGAUAAAUACCAGUGGUUUCAUAAUAAUAGUCUCAUGGAGAUGCAGACUGAGAGCACACUGGUGUUGAAGGAUCUACAUCCGGAGCAGGUUGGAGAGUACUACUGCAGAGCAAGUGCCCCAUCUGGGGCUAUCAAGACCAAACCAGCCACUCUCAAAAUAAUAGGUAGAGAUGAGCAUUCAUGCAGCCCCCAGCCUGAGUCUCACCUUAUCCGCCUUCCUCAUGAUUGCUACCAAAACAGCACAGACUCCUUUUACUAUGAUGUGGGCAAGUGCCCUUCUAGUUCAUGUGCUGGACUGCUGGACAAUACCAUAAGGUGCAAAGACAAGGUGGCUUACUGCUGUGGUGUAACAAAGAUGGAAGAGAGGCAGCUGACGUGCCAGGGCUACCAACUGUCCACCAUGGCGGUGACUGAAUGUGGCUGUCAGAAAUGUGUGGACACUAAGGCGAUUGUGUAUGGUAGGGCCAUUGCCGGAGACAAUGGUGAGCCAAUGAGGUUUGGCCAUAUCUUUAUGAAUGGAGUCCGAAUUAGCCGCACAGGCUACAAAGGUACCUUCACCAUCCAGGUCCCUCCAGACACUGAGAGGCUGGUUCUAACAUUUGUGGACAACUUGCAAAAAUUUGUCAACACCACAAAGGUCCUUCAAUUUAAGACCAAUGGGGGAGCAGUUUACCAUGAGAUCAAGCUUCUAAGAAAGAAAGCUCCUGUGACCAUAAACCCCUUAGAAACUAAUACACUGGAGCUUGGAGAAGUAGAGGGCCAGGAGGCAAUGGUUCAACUCCAGAUUCCUCCUCAUUCCUUCUAUAAAGAAAAUGGUGAAGUCUUCACUGGUAAAGUUAAUGCAAGUGUGACUUUUCUUGACCCAAGAGAUGUUUCUACAGCAGCUGCUGCCCAAAGUGAUCUCAAUUUUAUAGGAGAUGAAGGUGACACUCUGCCACUGAGGACCUACGGCAUGUUUUCAGUUGACUUCAGAGGUGAGGAAAACAACGAGCCCCUGAAUGCAGGCCAAGUGAAGGUGUUCCUAGAUUCUGCUCAGGUGCAAAUGUCAGAACACCUCAACACCAUGAAGCUGUGGUCACUGAAUCCUGAAACUGGCCUGUGGGAAGAGGAGGGUAGCCUGCAGUUGGACAAGAAAAAAAGAGGCAAAAGGGAAGAGAGAACAUUUUUGAUCGGUAACAUGGAGAUCAGAGAAAGACGCCUAUUCAACCUGGAUGUUCCAGAGAACCGCAGGUGUUACGUGAAAGUGAGGACCUUCCGCAGUGAACGCUUUAUGCCCAGCGAACAAGUGGGGGGAGUUGUUGUCAGUCUUAUAAACAUGGAACCAACACCUGGAUACUCCUCCAACCCACGUGCCUGGGGUCGAUUUGAUAGUGUCAUCACUGGACCAAAUGGAGCCUGUCUUCCUGCCUUCUGUGAUGAACAAAAACCUGAUGCUUACUCUGCAUAUGUGAUGGCCAACCUAGGAGGGGAGGAACUGGAGGCUGUUCCAUCUGCUCCCAAAUUUAAUCCCAACCAAAUUGGCGUUCCCCAGCCUUACUUACAAAAACUGAACUAUAGACGGUCUGACCACGAGGACCCAAGAGUAAAGAAAACAGCAUUCAGUAUCAAUGUUGCAAAACCAAGUCCCAACACAGCUGAGGAAGGCAAUGGACCAGUUUAUGCAUUUGAAAACUUGAAACAAUGUGAGGAGGCGCCUUUCAGUGCAGCACAUUUCCGCUUCACAAGAGUGGAAGGCGACCGAUAUGAUUACAACACGGUGGCAUUCAAUGAAGAUGACCCCAUGAGCUGGACAGAGGAUUACCUGAGCUGGUGGCCUAAGCCUAUGGAGUACCGGGCCUGUUACAUCAAGAUCAAAAUGAGUAGCCCUCAUGAGAUCAAUGUACGAUCCCGCAACAUGGGUGGCACCCAUCCUAAGACAAUAGGCCAGCUUUAUGGUCUAAGAGAUACUCGCAGCAUCAGGGACAUGGAUCAGGCAAACGUGUCAGCUGUGUGUCUGGAGUUCAAGUGCAGUGGGAUGUUAUAUGAUCAGGACCGUGUUGAUCGUAGCCUGGUGAAGGUGAUCCCACAAGGAAGCUGUAAGAGAGACCAUGUGAACUCGAUGCUUCAAGAGUAUCUGGUGAAUCACCUGCCUCUAGCUGUCAACAAUGACACCAAUGAGUUCACAAUGCUGGCACCUCUCGAUCCUUUGGGCCAUAACUACGGAAUCUAUACUGUGACAGACCAGGAUCCCCGAACAGCCAAAGAGAUUGCACUUGGUCGUUGUUUUGAUGGCACUUCUGAUGGCACAUCUCGAGUCAUGAAGACCAAUGAAGGUGUAGCACUGACUUUUACUUGUGGAGACCGUGAAGUGACACGCCAGAGUGUCUUCCAAGCUCUACAGAGUCCUCAGGGUCAGACAAUCACAACUGGCGGACAAGGAGAAAGCAGAAAAGGCAGACGUCGGCAGAGAGCCAAUGCACUACGCAGCAGCCGUAAACGUAGUACCAGAAAUCCUGAACGAAGAACACAAGGCAGGAGCUAAAUAUCACCUAGUUCAAGGCUUCUACAUAGAAACUAUUUGAAAACCUACAGUAAGGUCGGAAAGCAAUUGAACACUGACACAGCUUUUGCUUUUUAAACUGUUGAUCAAAAUGUAUUUAAAUGAAAGUUGUAAAAUGAAUAUGGGCUUAAAGUGCCAAAUGUAAGCUUAAACAUGAGUGUGUGAAAAUCCAAAUGGGAGAAAGGCGUUAGGAAAUCUACCUUUCCUAAUUAAGACCUCUUUUUCAGGGGUCAAUCUCUAACUAAGCAUAAUUUGCUCAACAGUGAUUAAAUCAAUUCUUAAAUACAUUGUUAAAAAAAUGAUUUGCAACCAAUGGCAGCUGGAAGUCUGAAACCAACCACUCACGAUUGAGCAAAUUCUUCUGUGAUAGUUUGUUAGUAGCUUACUGCAGCUGCCUUCAAUUGUUAUUUAUGGAUGUUUUUGUCAAUAGUUGUUUCUGGCAAAAGAAAUGAAGUUCAGUCAUAUCAGGUUAUACACAAGGCCACACAAAUAUUUGAUUUCUUCACCUUUAGAUCUUUGUGUUUCUUUGAAAUCUGUAUUGGAUCAUUGUUCAUCUAUACUGCCAAGUGCUGUGCAUUUUGCAUUUGAGAAAAGUCGUAUUCCAUACCCGACUCUAUCUCCUGACACAUAGUCGAUAGAUACGAGUGACCCAGUGUUUGCCCAGCUCAUUACAGUUGAUAUAGUAUUCUGCAUGGUUCAGGAACUGUUCUGAGCUUUUGUUAGACUUUCUUUUUUUUUUUUUUCUUUCUUAUUCAGGUACAGGCUGUUAUCAGUUUCAGCUGUCCUAAGAGUGGUGUUCCAGAAGUAUCUGACAUUUGAAAUAAUCUUUAUCCAGGUCUAAUUAUGAUUUUUACACUUUUUUUAAUCAUGGCAUUUUGUCUGCACCUUGUGAACAUUUUGUAUUUGCUGUUGUCAAGUCUUUUCUUUGUUGUAAACAUGAAUAAUAACAUUUCUACCCCAAGAAGAGUAUUCUUCACUUGGCUGAAUGUUUGUAGUUUUCUGUUAUCACUUGGGGCAUUCUGCAGUCAUUAACCACUGCUGUUUUAUGCUACUACUACUACUACUACUACUACUACUACUGUCAUUUAGCAGACGCUUUUAUCCAAAGCAACUUAAAAUCUGAGAGAACACAAGCAAGAACUCACAUAGGAGGGUCCAGCUGGAUAAGUGCUGGUCAGACUGCUGAGUCCAGUUGGACACAGGUGCUGCCAUGCGAGUGCUAGAAUGUAUUUAUCUUGUCCCCUCCCGCCCAACACAACCGUCCCUUUAUACAAGCUGAUGUCAAAGUUGUUUUGAGUUGACAAACUCUACUUUUUUUUUUCUUUAUAAAAAAAACAAAUAAAUAAACCAAACUGUUAAUCACUUGAAA